AUGGCUUUCGCAGUUUCGAGUACAAUGUUGUUCGUCCUUCUGGUUUUAUUACCACUCUCAGCCACAGCUCAGCCUUACAGGAAUGUUUCUUUGGGGGGUUCAUCAAUAACUGCAAACAAUGAAAAUUCCACAUGGUUAUCUCCAUCUGGAGAAUUUUCUUUCGGCUUCCAGCAGAUCAUUCGUGGAGGUUACUUACUGGCAAUCUGGUUCAACAAAAUACCCGAAAGAACCAUCGUUUGGUCGGCCAAUCGCGAUAAUCUCGUCCAAGAAGGAUCAAAAGUUCAACUACUUGCAGAUGGAAGGUUUGAAAUGAGUGAUCCUAGAGGCCAGAGGAUAUGGGCUGCCACUUUGUCUAGUGUUGGAGUGGCAUAUGGAGCCAUGCUUGACACUGGUAAUUUUGUGUUAGCAAACACCAACUCAGAUGUUUUGUGGCAGAGUUUUGAUGAGCCAACUGAUACAUUAUUACCAACACAGACACUGAAUCAAGAUGGCACACUUGUUUCCAGCUUCUCUAAAACAAACUAUUCGAGAGGGAGAUUCCUCUUCUCAUUACAAAGUGAUGGAAAUCUUGUGUCUUACACCAGAAAUUUCCCCAUGGACAACGUUCUUUUUGCUUAUUGGUCAACGCAAACUGUGGGCAGUGGCUUCCAGGUGAUCUUCAACCAGUCAGGCUAUAUCUUUCUGGUAGCAAAAAAUGGAAGUGUACUCAAUUUUGUGUCUUCAAACGCGGCCUCGACGAGUCAGUUCUACCAGAGAGCAAUACUGGAAUAUGAUGGGGUUCUAAGACAUUAUGUCUACCCUAAGUCUGCUAAUUCAGCAGGUGGGAGAGCAAUGGGGUGGUCUACUAUGGACUUCAUACCUCCGAAUAUAUGCACGCGCAUAACACAAACGACAGGCAGUGGUGCCUGUGGUUUUAAUAGUUUCUGCGCAUUGGGAACUGAUCAAAUACCAAUGUGUGAGUGCCCUCUUGGUUACUCGCUCAUAGAUCCAAAUGACAGAAUGAGUGAAUGCAAACCAGAUUUUGCUCCACAAAGUUGCAAUGAAGAGACAAGUGAAGCUGACCUUUUUAGUUUCAACGAUAUGCUCAACACAGAUUGGCCUCUCUCUGAUUAUGCUUAUUUUCAGCAAGUCACAGAAGAUUGGUGUCGACAGGUUUGCCUCGAUGAUUGUUUUUGUGCUGUUGCGAUUUAUAGAGACGGUAAUUGCUGGAAGAAGAAAUAUCCUCUCUCCAAUGGGAGGGUCGAUCCUAGUGUAGGGGGGAAAGCUUUGAUAAAAAUAAGAAACAGCAACGCAACAGCAGACGUCUCUGGCUCUAAGAAGAGUAAACGAUCCAUUCUGAUCAUCACCGGAUCAGUUUUCUUAGGCAGUUCCAUGUUUCUUAAUUUUCUCCUACUUCUAUCCAUCUUCUUAUUCAGUUUCAAAGAGCUAAAAGGAGCGACAAAUGGAUUCAAGGAGGAAUUGGGCAGGGGUGCUUAUUCAACAGUGUAUGAAGGAAUUAUUAAGAACGACAAUACUGAAACCGUAGUUGCUGUGAAAAAGCUGCAUAAGAUGGCUACAGAAGGUGAGGAAGAAUUUAAAGCCGAAGUUGAUGUUUACAGCUUUGGAAUCUUGUUGCUCGAGCUUAUCUGUUGCAGAAGAAAUUAUGAACCCGAGGUCGAGGCUGAGAGUGAAAUGAUACUUGCUGAUUUUGCUUAUGAUUGUUACAAGGAAGGAACAAUGCAUUUGUUAGUGGCAAACGACGAAGAGGCAUUAAACGACAAGCGAUUUGACAAGUUUGUGAUGAUAUCAAUUUGGUGCAUUCAGGAGGAUCCAACAUUAAGGCCUACGAUGAAGAGAGUGCUGCAACUUAUGGAAGGAUCUGUUGAGGUCCCCGUUCCUCCAGAUCCAGCCUCCUCUAUCACUUCAAUUUAG